AUGGAAACCGACGAUAAUAACGCGACCUCUUCUCCCGCGUCCGCCCCCGAUAAUUCACGACGAAGAUCGGGACGCGUUGUGAGAGCACCUCAGAAAUUCUCACCAGAAGCGAACUCAUCACAGAAUGAUCAUACAUCGUCUAAGCGAAAGAGAGGUCGCGAUCGCGAUGAGGAAGACGCCGAGAAUGAUACUCCCGCCGAGGAAGACGAAGAGGAACUUAGUGACCCAGACGAUCAAGACGAUAUUGAAGAAGAAGAAGAACAAACUUCUAGAUCAAAGAAGUCUAAGUCUAAACAAAAACCACGACCCAAAAAGCCGGCGGCGAAGCGCGCAAAGGUAAACGGCAGUGCGCAAAUAGAGACCGGAUCUGCUCCUCUUGCGCCUGCGGUUCGGCUUCCAAAUAGACCUAAGAAGACUGCAAGAGUCGUUAUAGUUCAUCCUGAUGGAGAUGGCCUUUAUGCUGAUGUAUUUGGUUCUGGCGACUCUUCUGACGACGUCGCUGCGAACUGGUUUCAGCGCUACCAGCAAGACGAUGCUAAAGCAUUAGCGGAAGUUAUUAACUGCGUUUUACUUGCGGCAGGCUGUGAGCAACAGUUGACAGAAGACGAUAUUCGAGAUCCUGAUAAUUCUGCAAACAGAUUAUCAGAACUAGAAGAUGCUUAUCAACAGACAAGUAUUUCGGACUAUCCUCUUAUCUCGAGGGCGAAAAGUAGUAAAAACUUUCGAGAUCUCCUUAUUGGGUUUUUCGAAUCCUUAAUUAGUGUCCUCCACCAGACUGACGUUCUUUACAACGACGAGGAUUUAUUGGACAAUAUCCAACGAUGGGUCGGCAUUAUGUCGUCCUCUUCUCUGCGUCCAUUCAGACACACAGCAACGACGGUAGGGUUAGCAAUACUCACUUCACUUAUUGGAGUGACGGAACAACUUGACGAGCGAAUCACAAAGUCGAACCAGGCUCUACAAGCCGAGUCUAAUCGCCGGGGCAAAAACAAGAAUCUCAUCGAGAACACAAAAAAGGCUCUUGAUGCUGCAAAUCAAAAUCGCGAAUUCAUCGACAGCAAAGUCAAGGAUCUUUUCGAUAUUGUCUUUGUGCACCGCUAUCGUGAUAUCGACCCCAAAAUUCGUGCCGAGUGUGUCGAAGCUCUCGGUACCUGGAUUUGCACCCUUCCAACAGUCUACAUGGCCCCUGAAUAUUUACGAUACUUAGGAUGGCUGUUGUCAGAUAUUUCAGUCUCUACUCGAAUAGAGGUUCUCAAGCAGCUAGCAAGAGUCCUGAAACGAGAUGCAGAGAAAUUGGCCCAUUUCAUUGACAGAUUUCGACCUCGCCUUGUUGAGAUGGCGACGAGAGAUUCUGAUGUCUCUGUUCGUGUUACGGCAAUUAGCGUCGUCGACAUACUACGCGCGUCAGGCAUGCUUGAACCUGAAGAAGUCGACUCGGUCAACAAAUUACUUUUCGAUUCCGAAGUUAGGAUACGUAAAGCUGUCGUCGGCUUCUUUUCGGCGCUGGUUCAAGAGCUCAUCGAGAAUAAAGUGGAUGAAAUUGGUGGUAACGACGCACUAGAAGAAGUAUUCGGAGACGAAGACGAAGAUGAAUAUGAUUCACUUCGAAAGGAUUGGAUCAACAUCAAAGCUCUCGCGGAGAAUCUCGCUGUAUAUGACGCUCAACUCGACGAGGAGCAGGACGAGAUACGGCACGGAUUAGAUGUAGCAGCGGACGUGGUAAACGCCAACAUACCAGACUCACGAAUCGCACUGGCAGCUCAAGCUCUUUAUGAGAAAAUUCCCGAAGUUAGCAAUUGGCAAAUCCUUGCCGGCUAUCUACUUUUUGACCACUCGACUAGCACAAAAUCUAGGGCGAGUUCGAAAACUAACUCAAUCGAGGCUGCCACCAAGAAAGCUGUCGCCCCCGAGCCACGAGAGGAGGCUAUUCUGCUCGAGGUCCUUGCGGCGGCUGUACGAGAGAGCCUUGUGCCAUCAGCAGACCAUGACAGGCAUAAGAAGAGAGUCGGUAGGCUUGAGUUAGAUGCGCAAGACGAUGCUGGUAUGAAGCUGGCUGCGCUCAUACCUCGUCUCCUGAAUAAGUUCGGGUCGGACCCUACGAUGGCCGCCAUCGUACUCCGGUUAGAGCAUUUUCUCGAUCUAGAGGUAUUCCAACAGUUGCGUCAAAAUUCGGCAACAUAUGAUAAGCUUCUUGACGAAAUCGCCACUCAAUUUAACCGACAUGUUGACCAGGGGCUUCUUAACGAAGCAACAACAGCAUUCAUCCACGCUAGACAAUACGAAGAGCUUGAGGAAUUGACUGACAACAAGAUAGCAGCACUCUGGGACAAUGCCCUUAAUUCGUUGCGGGGUGUAGAUAAAAUUUGUGAACUCUCAGCUCGAGGCAAUCUUGACCGAGCCACUCUUACUGAACUCUCUCAGAUCCUAAUGAAGCUCAGCAAGUUAGUUAGCAUUUCUGAUUGUGUUGAUAUCCUUGAAACCCCGGGGACAUCGACCGACUCCGACCGACCAGCUAUCAAGGUCCUUAUUAGUAUCGUGCAUCGUGGUCUAUUAACAGAGUCAAACGAAGACUUGGAUGAUCCCGAAGAUGAGGUAGUUGCUUUUGCCAUAAAGGCAUGUCAAUUUUACUUCAUGUGGAAAGUGAGGAGAUUACGAAGUAUUGUUGAAAGCGAUGCAGAUAUCCCUGAUGCCGAGGUUGAUCAGCUGGUACUUCUACGUAAAGAUUUUGUCACGAACCUCAUACAAACCUUCUCCUCUCGAGGAUUUAACGAUGAUCUCCGUCUUUUCGCUGUCGGCACUGCUUGCGAUCUGUGCGGACUAUUCGUUUUCCUACGACCUAUAAUUGAAGACCCGCAAGUCUCCAAAUACAGGAAGCUGCGCCCUCUCCUCGAAGAGAUGCCCUCAGCCCUGAUCACUCAGGAGAUUAUUCCGAUAUUCGACGCAGCAGAACAAGCAUACGCGAAAAGAGCCAAUAAGCAACUCAACGAACCUACAGACGACGAAGACCCCUUAGAUGACGAACUACCACCUGAGGAUGACGAGGAUGAGGAGCUCACGGAACAAGAGCGUUUCGCGGCUGAGUUAAAAGCCGAGAAGAUCCUAUGCGAGCUAACUGGUAAACUUGUCCUUGCCAUCUUAGCCAAGACUAUCGACCAUACUGGGCCAGAUGCCGGCAAGCUACGAAAGCGGCUGAACCGUAACAAGACGAGGCUAGGAAACAACUACAAGGAUGUCGUCGCUUAUUUAGACGAGGACCACCUUCGCGAACUGAGAGGCGGAAAGAAGAAGGCCUCAGCUAAGGCUAAAGGCAAGGAGCCCGCGAAGAAGCCUGCGCUCAGCGCGGAGCUAGUAAUCGAGGAUGAUGACGAUGAUCAUAUAAUACUAGAGGACCCAUUCGAGGAGGAACCUGAGCCCGAAGAGGGCACGGUUGAGGACCUCAGACGAAGAGAACUGCUCGACGAUCCCAUCGAGGAGGACUCGGAAGAGGAAAGACCAGCGGCCGGAGAGCCGAUGGAAGACGACGAGGUGAUCGGGGAUUAA